AUGGCGGAGCCAGAAAUUGUUGUAGCGUCUGAAAUUGAAGACAAUCCUUCACAUCCCGAAGCAUCCAACCACGAAAGUCAAAUUGAAGGUAUGCAUCGUAAUCCCGAUCAACUCGUUCAGGCUAUUGUGGCCGAUCGAGGCUUUAUUUCCUUGUUAUCCUCGGCAAUAUUGUCGAAUAUCGGCCCAUAGUUGAAUAAAAGUCAAGAUAAAUAGGUCAGUUUCAAGCCCAAUACAAACUGUAAAUCCCGGAGUAUCGGACGAUCAAACGGGUAUGUUAAGCAAUCAGAUAAAUCCCGGAGUAUCUGACGAUCAAACGAGUUCUGUAAGUGUUAAACGGGCCGCAGAAGUUUCUGCCGCGAAGCCAUCAUUCCGUCAAAGCGACCUCGUGGUCCUGAUACAUUUGACGAAAGCGCAGCGGAAAAUGAUGUUGAAACUGUCGUGAUUGACGACGAAUUUACUUCCCCUAACUCCCGUUGGGAGGCUAGUGACGAACUGAGUACAUUUCUCGGUACUACUAACAAGCGAAUAAACAAAUGUGAUAGUAAGACCUUGGUGACAUACACGCGACCAGACGUCGGCGAGGUUUACACGUCUGCCAUGAAUGACUUCUUGAAGCCAUUUAUUCAAGGCAUUAUGGCUCCUGAUAAAAAAAGCCUAAGCGCUUUUGGUCCUUGUUCAAAUACACAUCUAAAAAUCUAG